CAGACGGAUUCUGUAAAUCUAAACGUUGAAUCUUGAUCUGAAAUCAUAGAUUCUCAUUUCAUCCUCUAGAUGUCUCUCUCCUUGUUUCUGUCCUCAGACCUGCAGAAGAGUCCAAGUCCAGCACGGAUGUCAAUCACAACUCCUCCUCUGCCGUCAUGACGCCGGGCGCUCACAGCGGCGCAGCUAAAUCCGCCGCACAGUCGUCCAGUCCCGCCACGUCCGGUUCCUCGGUCCUGUCCAGUUUCCUGUACGGCAUGCCCAUGUCCUCCAAACCUCACCCUGAUGGGAAGCUGGACUUCAAACCCAUGUCCCUCCUCAACCUGGGCAAAGACAGGGCGGCCAACUGGACGGCAGGGGCCGACAAGACGGGGACAUCCAUGAAGGACUGCGGCGGCACCGGUAAGACCGUGUCAGAGCGCCACCUUCAGGUCGGGGUCAAACAGCCGAGCGUGACACACUGUUAGCUGUAAAUUCAGGAGUGAAUCAGAGCGAAGCUUUCACCGAUAAAAACAGAAGUUUAAUAAUCGUCAUAAAACAGAAACAUGUUUUUAUCAGAAACUCAGAGUUCAGAGGAAAUUACAGAAAACGAGAAAAUGACUCCUUACUUUACUGAGAGCAGCUCUUUGAUCCGUCUGAUGAUCGUGUCUGAGGAACAGAAACACGCAGAUUUCACUUCCUUUAAAAACCUGUUUUGUUUUCCUGUUCCAGACGAGUCAUCCAGACCUCCUGGUGAGCAGGGUCAGAGUCCUCCUGGGGUCCACAUCUCCAAGAGGCUCCUCUUCUCCAUCGUGCACGAAAAGUCAGGUAAGGUCGACGCAUCACCACGUGUUAGUGUGAGUCCAUAUCAGCUGACAUUGACCUUCAUCACUCCUGAUUGAUCACUGAUCGAUCACAUGGUUUAUAUAACAUCAUUUCACACAAACUGGAGGAAUCAGUCCAGAGACUCGACACUGACAUGAAACCAACAUCAGACCUCCAAAUAUGGAGGAAUUAUCUGGUGCCAGCGCGUGAUUGGUCGGUACUGUUACACAUGGAUAAACUCUCGAGCUCAAAUCAACGAUAUCUGAUCAGGGAUCGACUCUAACUUUGUUCACAAGGAGCACAAAGAACUUUAGGGGAUCAAUGAAAACUGAUCAAUAAUGUUUGUCUUAUUGAUCGACCUUAGUACUAUUAUUAGAAAUCAAUUUUAGGUCUUUUGGUCACAUGACAGUGAAGCUUUUGAAGGAAAACAGCCUUUUCUGAGAACAUCAACCGGUAAUUUAUUGACGGUCCCUUAUUCAACACCGACGUUGACAGUGAGGGUGUCGAGUAGAUUUAACCGCGCUGCUGUUGUUAUUCCCGGUUAUGGAGAGUGAGAAGACACCGGUAGAUCCUCAGAGAAUGUCCGUCAGAUAUCCAACCUGAAACUAACUUCACCGCCGUAUUUACAGGAAAAUAUAUCCAACCUGAAACUAACUUCACCGCCGUAUUUACAGGAAAAUAUAUCCAACCUGAAACUAACUUCACCGCCGUAUUUACAGGAAAAUAUAUCCAACCUGAAACUAACUUCACCGCCAUAUUUACAGGAAAAUAUAUCCAACCUAAAACUAACUUCACCGCCGUAUUUAGUUGAGUUUUGACAAAAACAACCGAAGUCCUCAGCAGCAUUUAUCAAAUGGACAUGAAGGACAGCUGAGGUCCUCACUGAGGUUUCAAACAUCUCUCCUCAGUCUGAAGUCUGCUUCUCUAGACCCUGGGAAUGACACAUAUAGAUAUAGAUAUAUAAAUAUAGAUCAGUAAAGCCGUGUGUGUGGUCAUGUAUGUAAAAAUAGAAGUUCCCGUCUGCUCUCAGGGUUGGUUCCCGUCUUCCUGAUCCUCCUGAGUCCUGCUCACAGACUGGUCCAGAAGCCAAGUGCUGUUUACUCAACAAAAGGCUUACCGAACACUAAAGCUGCAAAAUUAAGAGCUAAGCUGCUAAUAUGUCAGGAAUAAUCCCCUAAGAAGAUUGCUCUCACUUCCACAGCUGAUACUGAGUUGAUGUAGAAGAUUAAUUUGUUCGUUUGAGCAGAAGAAGAAGAAUAAAAACAGCUGAUUUAAGGAGAACGUUUGUGUUUGUUCUCCUGCAGAGAAAUGGGACUCCUUCAUCAGAGAGACGGAGGACAUCAACACUCUGAGGGAGUGUGUGCAGAUCCUCUUCAACAGCAGAUACGGUCAGGAGAAUCUACUUACUCUAGUUCUAUGUUUCAGAAUCUCAGAAUCUUCAGAAUCUCCUCCCUCCUCCCUCUCUCUCCUCCUCCUCUCUCCUCCCUCUCUCCUCUCUCUCCUCUCUCUCUCCUCUCUCUCUUCUCUCUCUCCUCUCCUCCUCCUCCCUCUCUCUUCUCCUCCUCUCUCUCUCCUCUCUCUCCUCUCCUCUCUCCUCUCCUGCCCCUCCUCCUCCUCCCUCUAUCUCUCUCCUCUCUCUCUCCUCCCUCUCUCUCCUCUCUCUCCUCUCUCUCCUCCCUCUCUCUCCUCUCUCUUCUCUCUCUCCUCUCCUCCUCCUCCCUCUCUCUUCUCCUCCUCUCUCUCUCCUCUCUCUCCUCUCCUCUCUCCUCUCCUGCCCCUCCUCCUCCUCCCUCUAUCUCUCUCCUCUCUCUCUCCUCCCUCUCUCUCCUCUCUCUCCUCUCUCUCCUCCUCCUCUCUCCUCCCCCUCCUCCUCUCUCUCCCUCCUCCUCCUCUCUCUCUCUCCUCCUCCUCUCUCUCCUCUCUCUCCUCUCCUCCUCCUCCUCCUCCCUCUCUCUUCUCCUCCUCUCUCUCUCCUCUCUCUCCUCUCUCUCUCCUCUCUCUCCUCUCCUCUCUCCUCUCCUGCCCCUCCUCCUCCUCCCUCUAUCUCUCUCCUCUCUCUCUCCUCCCUCUCUCUCCUCUCUCUCCCUCCUCCUCCUCUCCUCUCUCUCCUCCUCUCUCCUCCUCCUCUCCUCUCUCUCUCUCUCUCCUUCCUCCUCCCCCUCCCCCUCCUCUCUCUCUCCUCCUCCUCCUCCCUCCCUCUCCUCUCUCUCCUCCCUUUCUCUCUCCUCUCUCUCCUCUCCUCUCUCCUCCUCUCUCCUCUCUCUCUCUCUCUCUCUCUCUCCUCCUCUCUCCUCUCCUCUCUCCUCUCCUCUCUCUCCUCUCCCUCUCUCUCCUCUCUCCUCCCUCUCCCCCUCCUCCCCCUCCCUCUCUCUCCUCCUCUCUCUCCUCCUCCUCUGUAGAUGUUGAUGGAUUGAGGUCAGUGUUUCGGUUUGAUCUCCUCCUCUCUCCUCCCCCUCCCUCUCUCUCUCUCUCUCUCUCUCUCCUCCUCUCUCUCUCCUCCCUCUCUCUCCUCCUCUCUCUCUCCUCUCUCCUCUCCUCUCCCUCCCCCUCCUCUCCUCCUCUCUCCUCCUCUCUCCUCUCCUCUCUCUCCUCUCUCUCCUCUCCUCCUCUCUCCUCCUCUCCCUCCUCCCCCUCCUCCCUCCUCUCUCCUCCUCCUCUGUAGAUGUUGAUGGAUUGAGGUCAGUGUUUCGGUUUGAUCUCCUCCUCUCUCUCCUCUCCUCUCCUCUCUCUCUCUCCUCUCUUUCCUCCUCUCCCUCUCUCUCCUCUCCUCUCUCUCCUCUCCUCUCUCUCUCUCUCUCUCUCUCUCUCUCCUCUCUCUCCUCCCCCUCCUCUCUCCUCCUCCUCCUCCUCUGUAGAUGUUGAUGGAUUGAGGUCAGUGUUUGAUCUCCUCCUCUCUCUCUCCUCCCUCCUCCCCCUCCUCCCUCCUCUCUCUCCUCCUCUCCUCUCUCCUCCUCUCUCCUCUCUCUCUCUCCUCCUCUCUCCUCUCUCCUCCUCCUCUGUAGAUGUUGAUGGAUUGAGGUCAGUGUUUGAUCUCCUCCUGUUUUGGAUCUUUGGAGAUGAUGAAUCCUUAAAUUUCCUCCUCGUCUCAGUCGUAGUUAAAUCUCUGUGUCGUUCAGGUUCUUUGUGUUUCUACAGGAAGUGAACAUGAAUUAAAGGAGGAGACACUUCCUGUUUACAGACUGUUUAUUUAUCGGAGCCCAAAGCGCUGAUUUUCGUUCCCUUUAAGUUCAGGUUCUCCGCCUCUCCUCUGCCCCGCCCCCUCCAGCUGCACGCCAAAAUAAGAUCAACCUCAGAGGAGCGCUGAGGUUAGAGGCGGGGCCACACAGGUCAUUUCUAACCUCUCCACUGUGUCCCCCCCUCAGCUGAGGCCCUGGGUCUGGAUCACAUGGUGCCUGUCCCGUACCGGAAGAUCGCCUGUGACCCCGGCGCCGUGGAGAUCAUCGGCAUCCCGGACCAGAUCCCCUUCAAGAGACCCUGCACCUACGGAGUCCCCAAACUCAAACGCAUCCUGGACGAGCGCCACGGCAUCCGCUUCAUCGUGAAGAGGUAACCAUGGCAACAGUCGACCUGACGGUCUGAUGGCGUUUGUCCGGUCAGGUCCUCAAAAUGAAAAACUCUCAGGUCCUCCACUUUUUUAAGAGCUGAUGACGAGAAAGUUUGAGUCAAAGAUCGUUAACGAGCUGAUACUGCUGAGUUAACGAAGGGUUAACGUCACGGUAACGCCCCUCUCUGAACUCACAGCCGCUCUUCUCUCUCUCUCUCUGUUUCAGGAUGUUCGAUGAGCGGAUCUUCACAGGUGAGAAACCAACAGUGAUGUUUUUGUUGUCAUGACGACCUCAUCAGCUGUUUUAGCUCUUUUACCGUAAAUGACAGGAUAUAAUGACAGUAAAUAAAGAUGGAGGACGACCGCUGUCUUUCCUUCAUUACCUCAAAAACUAGAAUCAAAGAAUAAAAACUGAUCCAGAUCCAUAAAAACCUGAACCUCGUCCUCACGCCCAGACUUGUUGAUGGCGGUCUAAACGGCGUCCUCGCUCUUUGCUCUGUGACAGGAUGAAAAAGUUGACAGUGAAACUUUCUUUUUUUGUGUUGGUUUGGAAUCUGUCCGAGUGAGGGGCAUCUACAUGUUUGUCUAAGUAGAGUCAGCAGAGAGAGUCAGCUCUAUGUUUGUAUAUCUACGCCCCACAGUCGCAGGUUUGUUUGUUUAUUUCUCUGUUUUUGUCGAAGCUGCUGGAAAAAUCGCCAGAGAGGAGGGAAAACUAGACCUGAGCUCCACGCCUGAAGACGGCUUCCCCGAUGGUCUGACCAUCCCGCCCACCGCCACCACCGCCGCCGAGCUGGUCAGCAAUCCUCACAGCAGCAGGUUGGAGCGCCGCCCACACACACACACACUCACACACACACACACACCAACCCUGCAGCCUGUGUUAUUUUGAUGCAGAAACAUGAGAAAGUGUUUUUACCCUCCGGUCUCUCCUGGAUCUUGUGGUCCACGUCUCUGCACCCCCACACAGAAGUCUGAUCUGGAUUUACUGGAUCUGUUCAGCAGACCUGAACUCCAGUUUAUCCUCUGAAUCACGGGUUCUUAACCAGCUUCACUCUGGGACUCACAGUUUGGUCCUGAAGUCACGACCCACUUUUAUAAAUAUAUAUACAAAAUUUAUCAGUUUUAUUUUUUAUUUAAAAAAAACUCAAAUCUUUGAUAUAAAUCGACCGUUUUUAUAGAGUAAAGUUCAUUCCAGAGAACAUGAUCUGAUGACGACGACUGAAGUUACUUAAACAGAAAAUAUCAAAUCAAACAAAAUAAAGACCAAAAAAAAACCAUGUAAUUUUUCUGCAUUCAGGACACUUUAAACUGAGGAGGACCACGACAUAACGCAGGCCUUUCAAAAUAAGAUAUUUUUCAAAAUAAAAGACUUGUCAAACAUCAGAUGCGCGUCAAAUAUUUACUUUUCUUGAUCAGCUGUUUGCGACCCAUCCAGAACGUGUCCAUGACCCACUUUUGGGUCGGGACCCACCAGUUGAGAACCACUGCUCCAAAUCUGCUGUUCCAGGCUCCGGUUAAUGUAGACCGGUUCAGGGGGACAACCAUGUGGAUCCUCAUGGAUCUGACAACGAGGAGGUUUUUCUAAACCAGGAAAUGUUUCAGUCCGAGUUUCAGUCGAAGCGUCGGGUUUUAGAGACGCUUUAAACGGCGGGUAGAAAACCUGAACAUGACCACGAGAAACUCGAGUAACUCUGAGUGAGUUUAAAAGUCUGAGGUGGAUCUGCUCAGACGUAGAGAGUCCGGCCCAGUUCCAGGAGAACUGUUGGGACUUUAAGUGUCUCCUCUGAACCCUGCUGAGUUUCUUGUGUUUGAUUUAAUUCCACAGAUCGACAAGUGCGUGUGUGAGCCCCCUGGCCGACUGUGAAGCAGGUACGUACGACAAAACCAGAGCUGCUGCUGCUUCAUCAACACCUUUGAUUUGAUCUCAAACCCGGGGUGAGGAGGUAAAGUCUGAGAGAGACAUGAGAAAAAGUCUCAUCGAGUCCCUUCAUAGACGUCCUCUCACCGACUUAGAGCAGUUUCAGAGUUAAAAACAGAGACACACGCUGACAGGAACCCUCUGCUCCAUCCCUGCAGGUCCUUCAGGAGACUGCAUCCCUCUGAAGAGGAUUAAAACCGAACCUCCAGACGGGGAAAUCAUCCAGGUGAUGGUGCCAGGUGAGUCUGCACACGCUCAGUGGGCGUUAACUUUCAGGAGACAUAAUGGCGAGCCAGCCAGGACUGAAACCUGGUAGGUCCUCAGAGAGACCAGGAUGGUUUAAAGGUGGGGAUCCUGUGGGGCUGACCUUUGACCUGUGGUCUUGUGUGUCUGUGCAGAGGCCGGUUCGAGUGCGGAGGAGCCGAGUGAGUCUGUGUCCGAGCCGGUCGCAGCUGCCGCAGCCUCGCCCUCUGCGCCGUCUGCUCCCUCUGCUCCUUCAGCUCCUCCUGCUCCUCCUGCUCCGUCUGCUCCCCACCACCCGCUGGAGAACCACGCAGGUAAGCUCCGCCCCCCUCUGACUGCAGCUCAGUCUCACCCAGCAUCCAUCCACCAGCGUAAAAACACUUCUCCUGUUUUCUUUCUUCCUCCACAAUCUAAACUCCCACGACCCCGACCUCCCAGCUCCUUAACCUCGGUCCUUAGCUCCGCCCCCUCGAUCCGCCCCAAAGUGUCUCUAAUCUGUAAAAGACAGACCGCAUCAUCUUCAGACUCUUCAGGUGUAAAUUUGUCAGAUGGUGCCAUCUGUGUUUUUACAGAGCUGGAGUUACAGACCGUCCUUCAGGUGUUUCAGAGUCACAGACCUGCUCCUCAUAGUUCCCACCAGUCCUCCAUAGUCCUCCAUAGUCCUCCACAGUCCUCCAUAGUCCUCCCUCCAUCCUACACAGACUUAGACUAGAGACCGAGACCUCUGAGGAGACUUCACUCUCUCUGUACAAACCUGCAGAUCAUCAACACAACGUUCCUAACCCUCGUCUCGUCCUCUGAGGACAUGUGUCAUGUUGUUCCUCUUUAUUCUGAGCCGACAGUCUCAGUUUGAAAGAUCGGAAAAUUAAAUUAUCGGAGAGUUUUUAUUUUUCUUCAUGUUAAAAAUAAACUCGGUGUCUCCUGUAGUUCUCCGUCGCCACAUUUUAGCUCCGCCCACCCUCCUUUGUCGGCCAAUAGACUUCCAUUAAAAACAGUUUUUUUUGAGAGUUUGUGUUUACGUCUCCAUAACAACAUAUUAAACCUUUUUUCUGCAGUCAGUCGAUCAGCAGGACUCUAAAUCUGACUGAUAUAUGUGUGUAAUCAGGGUCAUAUUUUAGUUAGAGGAUAAACACUUGUAAAUGAUUCCUAUCUUACAGAUAUCUUCUGAUUUUAUAUAUUUUUAUAUAUAAAAUUAAUUUAUUAUGAACAAAUGAAUUUGAUCACAUUUGUUUUGGUCGAGGACGAGGCUCCAGAAAAGGAGGUAAAAAUGUCGAGUUUUUCCGCUCCAACAGACUCAGCUGUUAAAAACUUUAUCAAUAAAAAUGACACGGUGAACAAAAACUGGAAUAAAAAGGAAAAAAACAUCAAAUUUUUUAUUUAUUACUUUUUUAAUGAUCAGAGCUGAAGUUGUUUCAGAGAUUUGAGUCAAAAAAAGUUUAAAAACAUGUUAAAAAUGAUGAUUUUAUGAACAUUUAUCUGCAUGUCCGUUUCGGGGACAAAGUCGGCUGGAUGGAGCUUCAGAUUAACAGGAACUAAAGGGUUAAAAAAAGUCACUUCGUGUUGGGGCGUCCUCAUGAAGUGGGCGGAGUCUCCUCGGCGGUCUGGGGUCCAGCUGUCAGGACACCUUUUGUUUUGUUUGUUUGAUUUCAUUGUGCUGUGUUUAAGUUUUCUUUUCUUUCACCAACGACCUCUAAAGGAGACAGAACACAGGUGAGUGCAGAUCAUUCACUCACAUCUCUGUCAUUUCUGCUCAUGUCUGGACCGGUACCAAGUCCAGAACCAUGUUUGAAAGUGGGACUGGACCCAGUUAGACCAUCAUCAUCAUCAUCAUCAGUGUAACCUUCAUCUUAAUGACAGUCAGGGACAUCUAAAUCUGGGACAGGCUGAUAGGUUCAUCAGAGAAGGACCGGGACAUAGAGAGUCAGAACCUCAGAUCUGAGACCCCCUGUGUGUUACCUUAGAGAGUCUGGGUUCUGGACUCUACUGACAGAAAACCAGAACCCGUCCUGUUCGAUAAGGUCCGAGUGUCACUGCUUCAGUCAGCUGAUCUGACACUAAGAGGGGUGGGACUGGUCACCCGGGUAACCAGGUAAACAGAUGAUCACAGAGAGGUCCGGUUCAGGGAGCGUCAGAAAACACGAAGGAACCUGCUGGUUUAUUUUAGUCAGUAAAAUCACUGAUUGAAUCUUUAGUUUUGUUGAUGCUUCACAGCUGAUCAGGUUUCACUCCUCUGAUGGUGUUUCUCCAUCUUCUGUAGCAGAGCCUCUGUCUCCCAGUUCGAUGUCCCAGAGCAUCAGAAGAUCCUCUGAAGGUACGUCAGACCGACCCGCUCACUGCUCUGGAGGAUGGAGGAGAGUCGGACCUUUAUAUGAGUGUGGGAGAGGACAGUACAGUUUAAUAUAAGACAGUACAGUUUAAUACAAUACUAUAGAAGACAGUAUGGUUAUAUACAAUACAGUACAGUACAGUUUAAUAUAAGACAGUACAGUUUAAUACAAUACUAUAGAAGACAAUGUGGUUAUAUAUAAUACAGUACACUUCAAUACAAUACUAUAGAAUACAAUGUGGUUAUAUAUAAUACAGUACACUUCAAUACAAUACUAUAGAAUACAAUAUGGUUAUAUAUAAUACAGUACAGUUUAAUAUAAGACAGUACACUUCAAUACAAUACUAUAGAAUACAAUAUGGUUAUAUAUAAUACAGUACAGUACAAUACAAUACAGUACAGUUUAAUAUAAGACAGUACAGUUCAAUAUAAUAUAAUACAGUUAAAACAGUUCAAUUCAACAAAAUACAGUUUAAUAAUAUUCAAUACAGUUUAAUACAGUUCAGUUUAAUAUAAUUUAUCACAAUUCAAUACACUUCAAUAAAAUACACUUAAGUUUAAUACAGUUUAAUAUAAUACAGUCAAAUAUAGUUUAAUUUAAUACAGUUGAAUAAAAUACACUUCAAUACAGUUUAAUACAGUUUAGUUCAACACAAAACAGUUUAAAACAGUUCAAUAAAGUUCAAUGCAAUACAUUAAAAUACAGUUCAAUUUAGUACAGUUUUAUGAAAUACAUUUUGAUAAAAUUCAAUUCAUUCCAAUACAGUUUAAUAUAAUUAAAUAGAGUUCACUACAAUUCAAUACAGUUUAAUACCAUAUAAUACAGUUAUAUACAAUACAGUACAUUUCAAUAAAGUGCAAUUCAACACAAUACAGUUCAAUACAGUUCAAUACAGUUUAAUUUAACACAAUACUGUAUAAUACAGUUAAAUAUAAUACAGUUCAGUACAAUACAGUACUUUUCAAGUGCGAUUCAACACAAUACAGUUUAAUACAGUUUAACACAGUAUAAUAUAGUAUGACACAGUUCAGUACAAUUCAAUACAGUUUAAUGUAAUACUGUUUAAUAUAAUACAGGUCAGUACAGUUCAGUCUCUCUCUCUCUCUCUCUCUCUCUCUCUCUCUCUCUCUCUCUCUCUCUCUGACGACCUCUGACCUCUCAUGAAAAUGUCUUCUCUCCUCUCUGACUCCCUCAGCCGGCAGUUUGGUGGAGGAUAUCGGUGAGAUGAUUCUGCAGCUCCGGAGACAAGUGGAGAACCUCUUCAGCAUCAAGUUUGGUAAGAGUCCUGAACCUGCAGAUCUUUGUGGUCCUUGUUUUUAUGACUGUGAAGGUUUCUAAAAGCACCUCUCAGACCUUAGACAUUCUCAGACAUGAUGAGGGUCCAGACCAUGAAGGACCUGUUUUGACAGAGACUUACCUGAUCCUACCGUACUUCUUCUUUGGGUCACAUGUCAGACUUCUCUCUCUCCACCUCCUCUCCCUCAGCUGAAGCUCUGGGUCUCCCAGAACCAGCCAAGGUGCCGUACUCCAAGUUCCAGAUGUACCCGGAGGAUCUGUACGUCACCGGGCUGCCGGAGGGAAUCUCACUGCGAAGGCCGAACUGUUUCGGAGCGGCUAAACUACGAAAAAUCCUGAGUGUGAGCGGACAGAUCCAGUUUGUCAUCAACAGGUGAGAGCAGGACUGUGAGACCGGAUCAGAACCACGUUUGGUAUUAAGACCGCUCUAUCAGAGACUGUCUGAACCUUCAUGUUCAUGUUCAGUCUUUGAUACGUCCCUCUGUGUUUGUCUGCAGACCUGAGCUGCUGACUGAGCAGGUCAAACAAGAGAUGCCUUCCAUCCCCGUCUGUGAUCCAGGUACGAAGAUCUGACCCCCAAUCUCCACCUUCAUCCUGAUCGUCUCCUAAAAGGUCGUAUCCUCCGAUCGUAGCUGAUCGUAACCAUUCAAGUUAAUGUGUCAAUUUACACCGACUUCUUUCCGUUCCUCUGCGGAUCGCCGGACUCCUCAGCUGAUCACAAGAGUUCUAUUUUUUCUGGACGCCGGAGCAUGGCGGAUAAAUUCAGCACAGAUUAACCCGUGCUGGAAAGGAAGUCGGGCACAGACACAAAAUAAAACAUCCGGCUUCUUUUCAAAAUAAAACACUCCGUGUUUCAGGAGGAUCGUAUUUCACACCAUGCAAACGGGCGGAGACGAACAAGUGAAAGGUUUUUAGACGUCAUUUCACCCCGAUGACACCAUGGAUGAGGAGAUGCUGAUUCUAGAAGUCUAGAAGUAGAUUUCCUCCUCUGGAAGGACACAAUCUACUGCUUAUAUGUCUAUGUGUCUGUCUUUAGAGAGACAACUCGUUAUCGCGCGAUUGAGCGUGAAUCUGCAGGUUCUUGUGAGUUCUUGUGAUUCCUGAUGUCUGUAAUCCGCCAUGAAAUUCGCCUCCGGUAGGAAAUGGCGGACGGUGAAAAUUCGCCAUUUUAGAUGCGGUGAAAAUUGGAGGUGAGGUGUCCUUCACCCUUUAGGAGGUAGAGAGACUUUCUUUGGACCAGAACCCUGAAACACUGAAACUACGGCUCAGUUCUCGUUGGUCUGCUGGUAAAAUAAAACUAUGAAGAACGUGGGGAGCAUAAAUCAAUCAAUCAAUCAAUCAAUAAAGUUAUUAUUGUGGUAAAUCAGAGCGAACAAGCCCUCAAGUGUGCUGAACCGAGUCUGAAUCCAGUCCCUGUGAUCCACACCAGCUCACAGUGAACACCUGGAUGUGGCGCUCAGGUCCAGCUGUCACACACGUGGUCGUCUUCGAUGAGACGGUUCAGGUUUUUUUUAUUUCCCUCUGCAGAAAAAAAAAAACCCACAGAAGUGUUUUUAGAGUCAGGAGGAGGUCUGUGAGUAAAUCCACCAUCUGGAGGCUCAUAAAGCUGCUUUAAGACGGUUUCCUCUCCGUCCUCGGCCUGCAUGAUUUCAGGAGGUCAGAUUUAGUUCAUGUUCUAUUUUUGAAGCUCCUCUUCAGAGGAGGAGAAUCGUCCUCUCAGGGAGUUUUCAGCUUUUAUGAGUUUAAAGCUGCUGGAUCAGGGAGGGGCUCACCGUCUUUGUUCAGGAGAAAAAAGGACAAAACUAAAGUUUAACGUCUAAAUGUGUCUCCGCAGAGCUGGACGCCAAGGACGCCUCUCCGCUAACAGAGGACGCCGCAGCUUUAUCCAAGAGACCGGGGUUCUCAGGUGUGUUGGCGUCCAAGUCUUCAGUCAGGACUUUGAAGGGUUUUAUCCCUGAAACCUGAAUCAGUUUUAUCUUCACGCUCAGAGACUCUGCUGGGACCACGGAAACUCUGAAAUCUCUAAACUUGUGUGGUUUCUCGUCUCCAGAGUGCCUGGAGUCCAAACUGUCCAGGAUCGACCUGGCCAACACGCUGCGAGAGCAGGUCCAGGAUCUGUUCAACAGGAAGUACGGGGAGGCAUUGGGCAUCAAGUACCCGGUCCAAGUGCCUUACAAGAGGAUCAAGAACAACCCGGACUCCGUCAUCAUCGAAGGCCUUCCCCCGGGGAUCCCCUUCAGGAAGCCCUGCACCUUCGGAUCCCAGAACCUGGAGAGGAUCCUGGCGGUCGCCGACAAGAUCAGCUUCACCAUCACCAGGUGAGGAUAAUCCUGGUCCACGUGAAGACCACCAAGAUCAGGUCUGCUGGUCUUCAAACGUCAGGAAGUCUAAAUAUCAAAAACACAAAAACAGUCUUUAAAAAAAAAACAAGAAAAGUCGACAAACGAACUUUUAAAAACGAAACGAAGCUGCAGACCUGCUCCUGGUGAUGUCACUGUCAGUGAUGUCAUAACUCAGGUGAACUCACCUGAUGAACCGUGUCCCACAUGAGGACCUAAACCCUGUUUCUGUGUCUCUGCAGACCCUUCCAAGGACUCAUUCCUAAACCAGGUGAGAUCAGAUCUUCUCCAUCAUCAAAUAGUAGACCUUUAAAGACCUUCACCGUAGACCUGACCCUGACCCUGACCCUGACCCUAACCCUGACCCUGACCCUAGUCCUCACCCUAACCCUGACCCUGACCCUGACCCUGACCCUGACCCCGGUCCAGACUUGUCCUGUCAGUGUUCCUCCGUCACUCUGAAUAAAUCACCUGUUUGUUUUUUUUCUUCAUCAGCACCUCGAAGAGUCACGUUACUGAAGAAAGCGUACGCCUCCAUCAGCGGUGAGUCCACGUUCACAGACGUUUCCUUCAUGACCGUCUUCAAACGUCACUCACUGACUCUUUACCUCCACAGACGAUGACGACAUCAACCGCAUGGGCGAGAAGGUCGUCCUCCGAGAGCAGGUCAAGGAGCUGUUCAACAAGAAAUACGGUAAAAACCACGGCCUGUGUUUUUAAACGACCAGAUUAAAUUUAUACAGGGAUCGACUCUAACUCUGUUCACAUGUUCUCAUGAGUUAAAAAAGUAAGGAGCACAAAGAACUUUAGGGGAUCAAUGAAAACUGAUCAAUAAUGUUUGUCUUAUUGAUCGACCUUAGUACUACUAUUAGAAAUCAAUUUUAGGUCUUUUGGUCACAUGACAGUGAAGCUAUUGAAGGAAAACAGCCUUUACUGAGAACAUCAACCGGUAAUUUAUUGACGGUCCCUUAUUCAACACCGACGUUGACAGUGAGGGUGUCGAGUAGAUUUAACCGCGCUGCUGUUGUUAUUCCCGGUUAUGGAGAGUGAGAAGACACCGGUAGAUCCUCAGAGAAUGUCCGUCAGAUAUCCAACCUGAAACUAACUUCACCGCUGUAUUUACAGGAGAAUAUAUCCAACCUGAAACUAACUUCACCGCCGUAUUUACAGGAAAAUAUAUCCAACCUGAAACUAACUUCAUCGCCGUAUUUACAGGAAAAUAUAUCCAACCUGAAACUAACUUCACCGUAUUUACAGGAAAAUAUAUCCAACCUUAAACUAACUUCACCGCCGUAUUUACAGGAAAAUAUAUCCAACCUGAAACUAACUUCACCGCCGUAUUUACAGGAAAAUAUAUCCAACCUAAAACUAACUUCACCGCUAUAUUUACAGGAUAAUAUAUGCAACCUAAAACUAACUUCACCGCCGUAUUUACAGGAAAAUAUAUCCAACCUGAAACUAACUUCACCGCCGUAUUUACAGGAAAAUAUAUCCAACCUAAAACUAACUUCACCGCCGUAUUUACAGGAAAAUAUAUCCAACCUAAAACUAACUUCACCGCCGUAUUUACAGGAAAAUAUAUCCAACCUUAAACUAACUUCACCGCCGUAUUUACAGGAAAAAAAAAAAACAUUUGUUGAUUUUCUUUUAUUCGCACAUGUGACCCUAAAUACACUUCACUAUUCACACACGUCUAUUUUUAGUCGCAGUGAAACGGUUGAACUGUCGAACCCUGGUUUAGUGCAGCAGCAGCAGCAGCAGCUGGCCGCUCUCCUCCGCUCUCCUCCGCUCUCCUCCGCUCUCCUCCACAUACUUGAGUUUUUAUUCCUGCGGAUUAACCUCGGCCCGGAUUACCACCUAAAAUACCAAAUACUGGACUCUGAGUGUUUCGGCCCUAAUCUGAUCCAGUCCCUCACAGAGAAGAUAAAGAGGUUUCUGUGCACUGAGGGAUUUGGACGGACAAAGAGAGGAGGGGUGAGCAAAGGAGCGUCAUAAUGUAGAAUCCGACCACUAGAUGUCGCUGCGUAUCCCUGUUUUUACUCAGUGUUUCUUUAAGGUCCCAGAACGUCAUGAUCUUCUGUGACGUUUGAAAAAGUCGAUGUUUUUGGUCAUUUUGAGAGCCGCAGCUUCGCUCUCGUUCCAGUUCUGUUGAAGUUUUCCUACAAACUGAAGGUUUCGUUAUUUUUAUUUUAUUUAACCAGGUAAGAAAGAUUAUCCUGCAGAGAUGAUCGACAUGUGAUAACCAUCUCCUGUUUGAGCCCCUCACUCAGGUUUUUGGUCGCAUCAGUCGAUAAAUGAAACAGGAACAGUUUGAGACUCACAGAUCUCCAUCAUGUUCCUGUUUCUCCUGCUGUGGGUUCAGGCGAGGCUCUGGGCCUGGACCGCUCCGUCGUGGUCCCGUACAAACUCAUCCGUGGCAGUCCUGAGUCUGUGGAGGUGGGUGGUCUUCCAGACGAGGUCCCCUUCAGGAACCCAAACACCUAUGACAUCGUGUGCCUGGAGAAGAUCCUUCAAGCUGCCGAUGAAAUAACGUUCAACGUGAAGAGUCAGCUUCAGUGAGUGAAGGGUUUCAGGGUUUCAGGGUUUCAGGGUUUCAGGGGGACUCUUGAGUUUCUUUAUGGUUUUAAAUCUGAACCUCUGAGAUGUCAAAGAAAAACAAAAAUCCUCUGAAGGACCUGAAACACCUCAGCUGUGGUCGGGAGUCUUUCUCUCACGCUCUUUUCUCUUCCACAGACCAUUUGCAGAAAUCUGUAGCCAAGCUUGUAACACAGGUGAGAGUUUCAGCUGUUUUAUAUAAGGAUUUAUAUUUAUAUAUAUAUAAUAAUGUGUGUGUUAAAGUCUUAAUAAGGGGAGAACAAAAACAGCCGCUCUGUGUUUCCAGUAGGAACAAACGCCUCCACCAACCGACGGAAACGUAAGAGAGUCCAGGAGAGCAGCAGAGGACCCGCCUCCUCUGACAUGGGCAUAUCAACCAAUCAGAUUCCAGUGAUGGUAAGUCUGUCAUAGGCAGUCAUCACGCCGUCUCAUGGCGCCUCAGAGAUCUCAUUUAAACACGUUUAGAUAAAAACCUCUCACUGCUGAGAGGCGAGGUCGUUCACCUCUUUGUACUAAUGAAAGCUUUUCCUCCACCGUUAUGUCUGACUGUGCUCUCUCAUUGUGUGUGUGUGUGUGUGUGUGUGUGUGCGCGCCCCUGCAGCAGUGGCCCAUGUACAUGGUGGACUACAGCGGAGUGAAUGUGCAGGUUCCCGGCAAAGUCAAUUACUGAAGGUCAGACGUGGACUCCAGCUGAGAGAUGAACGGAGGAGGAGUUAGUGGAGGAGAAGUUCACGACUCUCCACCAUGAAAGAGAGAGAGAGAGAGAGAGAGACACUAACACUUCAGUCACUAAAACAAACUCUACAGACUGACGCAGAGAGUCGGACUCUGAAUGUAUGUGGACGUACGUGUGUCAGGGCAAAGAGCGUGGUUCAGUCUCCACACAGAGUCAGCAGGACAGAGCUCACCUUUGAUUUUCCUUCUCAAACAGCAGACAUGUUGUUGUUGUUCUACCCCUCUACACUCAUACUGUUUAUGUUCUACCCCUCUUCACUCAUGUUUGUCUUUUAUGUUCCUUCCCUCUCUCCACUCAUACCUUCGUCGUUGUUCUCCCCCCCUCUUCAGUCCUGCUGUCCGCCCUGACUCUCACAGAAAUGUCCAUCCACUGACUCAUGUUGUUGUUCUACCCCUCUUCAGUCGUGUUUGUCUACCCCUCUACACUCGUUUUUUUUGUUCUACCCCUCCACACUCAUGUUGUCGUUGUUCUCCCCCCCUAAAGUGUCCUGCUGUCCGCCCUGGCUCUCACAGAAAUGUCCAUCCACUGACUCAUGUUGUUGUUUUACUGACGGGAAAUGUCUUUGAUAACAAUCUGGUUCAUGAUAUUCAGAUAUUUGUACUUUUUAUUUAUUAUAUUUAUUAAAUAUAACAUUAUGUGCAGGGAUGUAAAAUACAUUAUUCUAUUACACAUCUCCAUGAACUCUCACAACACUAACACACAUGGUAAUAGUCACUCAGUUAACUCCAGGUACCACUGAUGGUGGGUCUCACAGCAGGAUCCAGGUCUGGUCCAGGUCUGGUCCAGGUCUGGUCCAGGUCUGGUGCAGGUCUGGUCCAGGUCUGAUAGUUCUGGGUUUUCCUCUGGUGUCCUCACAGGUGGAGGCUCAGACUCUGGGGUCAGGUGUUGAAGCUGUGUCUCAGGUUUAUGAAGGUGUAGAGAGUCUGACAAAAACAAACAGGAGGUCUCACUCACAGUCAGGAUUCAUGAAGGAGGAGAGAGGAGGAGGAGAGAGGAGAGCAGGUUUAGACGUUUGAAAAACUAAUAAUUGCUCUUUUUUGUCCCAUUGACUUCAAUACAAAUUAAUUUACAAUAGAGAAAAGUAGAAUCACCCUGAUUCUGAUCAAACCGACGUUGUUGAUCAAUAGUUUGUCCUAAACUCUGGUAGAGACUGAAAAUUGUCCAUAAGAGGAAUAAUAUAGUAUAACAAUAGUGUCUCAGUGUUUUCCCCGUUGAGCUCCAGUCCUUCACAUUUAUCGACCCGAUCGUGACCUUCACCUUCGAUGCUGACGUGCGUCCCAAAGCUCGGCUGUCUUCUCCUGAUGAAACAGAGAGAGUUAAACUUCUGUCAGCUUCUUCAUGUCAGACCUGAAACACAGCCGUAAAAAACGCCUGAACCUCACUACCUGAGCGAGGCACCAGGAGAAAAAACAACACACUGAAAAUGGUGAACUGGGCGCCAUGGCAACGGACAAACCCCUGCUGACUCAGCAGUCAGGAGUACCUGCAAUAGAGACAGCAGACCUUCAUGAAACAGCCUCUUUACGUUAGCGCCACCUACCAACAUGUAAAAUACUAAGUCAGCCUGAAUGUAACAUGUAAAGGAAGAACGGUAUGUUAUUCUGCAACGACUGUCUCUGGACUAACAAUAUUUAAUAUGCUGUACCUUAACGCCAAUUAGGCCUUUCAAAUAAAAUGUGUUGCCUUGCA